AUGGCAGAGCCACCCAACAUGCCCAUGCUACGGCAGUCGCUUGAAGCGACGUUGUCUCCAUUUGCAGAAACACGUAAAAAUGCCGAGACGUAUUUAACGACGCUAUCAACUCAACCCAAGUAUGUGUUAUUGUUACUUCAGGUACUAGAAAACUCUAGUGAAAACCAAGAUAUACGUCUAGCAGCUGCGCUUUUGUUUAAAAACUAUAUUAAACACAAUUGGGACCCAGAGAAACAAGGAUGUUUACUUAUAAAUGAAAAGAAUAUUGUUAAGCAACAUCUAGUUGAACUCAUGUGCCGUAUGCCCGAGACACUGCAGAAACAACUCAUUGAGGCGCUUACAACCAUUGGAGAGUAUGAUUUUCCUACCCAAUGGAUGGAUUUAUUAGCUCAAUUAGUGUCGAAAUUACAGACACAACAGGAUUGGCAAGUACGGAAUGGCGUGCUCAUGACGGCCAAUACCAUUUUUAAACGCUUUCGUAAUGUGUUCAAGUCCGACGACCUUUUUCGUGAGCUUAAACAUUGUCUUGAAGUGUUUCAAGAGCCAUUGCUUGUGUUUUUCAAGGAGACGGGUGUUGCAUUGCGUACACCAGGCAUUGCAAUACCUCAACAAGUGCAAAUGCUUGCGGCAUUGAGGUACAUGAAUCGGAUAUUCUACUCACUUAAUUGGCAGGACCUGCCAGAAUAUUUUGAAGACCACAUGUCAGAGUGGAUGGGGGAAUUUCUGACCUAUUUUAGCUACGAGAACCCGACACUAGUGGAUGGAGACAAUGAAGACGAACCUGAUCCGAUUGAUCGACUACUGGUGGCUAUUGUGGAAAAUAUCAAUCUGUAUGCGGAGAAGUACGACGAAGAGUUCAAGCCAUAUUUGCAAAAGUUUACCGAAGUGAUUUGGAAUCUACUCGCAAACCACAUUACUCUGUUUCCAAAACAUGAUGAGCUGGCUGCCAAGUGCAUGAAGUUCCUCACGUCGGUGGCAUCGCGGUCGUUUCACCGUGCACUCUUUGAAUCUCCUCAAGUGCUGACGGAGUUGUGUGGGAUUGUGGUCACCAAUUUGCAGCUACGCUCGUCGGACGAAGAGCUUUUUGAGGACAACCCCAUGGACUACAUUCGUCGCGACAUUGAAGGGUCAGAUGGCGACAGUCGCCGCAGCGCUGCUCGUGACUUGGUGCGAGGUUUGCUUGGCAACUUUGACGAGGCUGUGACUCAAAUCUGCAUGAGCACGAUUCAAACUCAGCUACAGCAGUACAAGGCUGAUCCGGUUCGUAAUUGGGCGAUGAAGGAUGUAUCGAUCAAUUUGGUGAUUGCUAUUUCUGCGAUGAAACAGUCUCGUCUGCGUGGUGUGUCCGAGGUGAACAGCCGUGUACCACUGAUGGAUUUCUUUAUGGCAGAGGUACUUCCUGAGCUGUCUACUCCGAACCACGCGUCUCUUAUAUUAAAAGCGGACGCUAUUAAAUUUGUCUCCACUUUCCGUGGUCAGAUGCCGGUAGAGGUUAUGGACCAGCUCUUUCCUCUUCUGAUGAACUGCAUGGACCCUUUGCAGUUUGUGGUGCACACAUACGCUGCUGCUUGUCUGGAGCGCAUUCUUACAGUUAAGGAUCGGUCUGGCACGCUACGAUUUUCCAAGGAACGACUUGCACCGUAUCUGGGCAAGCUGUUGGAGCACGUUUUCCACAUCCUUGAACAGCCUAAUUACCCCGAGAAUGAUUACCUGAUGAAGGUUGUCAUGCGAGUGAUGAACGUGGCCAAGGAGGACAUCUUGCCUUUGACUGACGUAGCAGUUAACAAGCUCACGAAUAUUCUGAAUCGCAUUUGCGCUAACCCCAGCAAUCCGUCUUUCAGCCACUACCUUUUCGAGUCGCUAUCUGUGCUAAUCCUUAACGUAUGCAAGACAAACCCGGCAGCGACGGAGCGUUUCGAAGAGCUACUUUUCCCGCCGUUCCAGAAGGUGCUGACAAAUGACGUUGAGGCGCUGUCGCCUUACGUGUACCAGGUGCUAGCUCAGAUGUUGGAACUUCGACCAAGUGGCGUCUCCGACGCGUAUAAGAGCAUGUUCCCUGUGCUGCUCAAUCCGACGUUGUGGGAGCGGGUGAGCAACGUGCCCGCCAUUGUGAAACUUAUUGAGGCGUACAUGCGGAAGGCUCCAAACGAUGUUGCUCAGUCAGUACAAGGAAUUCUAGGAGUUUUUCAGAAGCUCAUUUCGUCCCGAUCUACAGAAGCAAACGCUUUUUCACUGCUGCGGGGACUCUUUGCUUUCAUGCCGCGUGAAGCUUACGCAAACUUCCUCGACGAAAUAGUGAAGAUUAUGAUGAUUCGGCUUCAGACCCGCAUGGCAGGUCGCAAUUCCGCAAGUUACACGAAGGAGCUGAUUUACACCGUGUCCGUGCUUAUUGGCAAGCUCGGACCGGACACGUUCUUGGCGUCUUUGGAAUCACUGCAGAAAGGAAUGUCGACCAUGUUUAUUAAGUCUGUGUGGCUGACGUGCAAUGCGCGUGGUCGAGGUCCUGCUGAGCGGAAGGCUUGCGUUAUUGGCCUUACGCGACUGAUGUGUGAAACGGAGCUCUGUAUCGCUGACUUGGACAUGUGGACAGAGAUGUUGGCAACAGCGGUGAAGGUAUUGGAAGAAGCUGGACAAAGUGGUGCCGUCGUUAAGGACGAGGAUGAGUCGUUGCUUGAGCUGGAACAGACGGGUUAUGAAGCCGGCUAUGCGAAAUUAUUUUUUGCGUCCGUGGUUUCGCUCGACCCUUUGCAGGAAUACCCAGUGCCAAUGUGCUACCUUGCCGAGUCCAUCGCAAAGCUGUCGGCCUCUAAGCCUGGUGUGCAUCUGGCUUACGCUCGGACAAAGCUGCCGUCGCCCGCGACACUGACGGCACUACAGUCGUAUUUUGCCCAGAACAACGUAGCAUUCCAGUAA